AUGACGAUGGACGCGAAAAUGAUGGAAAUCGCGAAAGAAAUCGGUUGCACCGACGGAUUUCACAUCCCAGUGGCAAAUGAAGAAAACCGAUUACUUGAAAAAGAGAUUGAAGAGUUGUUGCAAAAGAAAGCCAAGCUUAUUGUAGCCAAUGAAGUACUAAACGAUGAUAUAAAUAUAUUAAAUGAAAAACUGACCGACAGCACAACCCGUCAAAACCAAAUUCAGAGUCUGAUCUUGGCAAACCGUCAGCAGUAUGAGACAGAACAGCAUAUGUUGAAGGAAGCUGAAAGAGAAGACGAUAAUUUGUCCCGCAACAAUCGAAACGCAUCGAAAACGCUCAAAAACCUGAUGAACGAAAGGAAAAAAACCGAAGACGAACUAUUGAAAAACUCAGAACAUAUAGAUAAACUGAGAAGCACAAUCGAGUGGGGUGAAGAAACUCUGUUGGCGUGGAACGAGGACUUGGCCAAACGGACGACGGACGUGAACAUUUUGGACGCGUAUAAUUUAGAAGACAACAACCGAUUUAAAGACUUAGAUUUUCGUAGACAACACCUGCAGAGGUCGGUAAUGGAAAGGGAAACUAUUGUAGAAAAAGAACUUAGCGACCUGCUUCAGGUAGAAAGAGAGUUGGAACAGACGUCUAAACUCACUAAGCAAGCACAGAAAGAAAGAGACCGUUUGCUUGAACAGUGGGAAAAUUCUUCCAACUUUUUUAAGUCCCACAAUGAAGAGUUACAGAGAUCGGUGCAGGAAAUCAACAAGAUCAGGGAAAGUGUUAGGAAAGUGUACGAUGUAAUGACAGAGGACAAACAAGCGUACCGCAAAUAUUUAGAAGAAAACGAAGAGCUCCAGUACGAGCUAUCCGAAGCUCAUAACGCCAACGACGAAAUGAAGCUAUUAUUGGUCCAAAAGUACGAAGAACUCGAUAAUUGGACGUCUGAGUUGAUGAUUGUACAAGGGAACGUCAGCAAUCAAAGUCACAAAUUGGAUAAUGAGCGAGCACAGCUCAAGCACAUGGAAAGCAGUAUUGUCAAAAUGGGCGAGCAGAUUCAACAUAAACAACAUGAAAUAUCGGUUUUGGAGGAGAGCUUGACGAAGUCCCGAAGCCAAUCGAUGACCACAGAGGAACGGUUAAAGGAAUUAGAAAAGAUCUACGAUGCUCAAAAAACGAAGGCUGACCGAUUGAUAUUAGACAAAGACAAACUGCAGACCGCAUCAUUUCACGCUUUCAGCGAGAUGAAACAAUUAGAAAGUAGUAUAGACCUGAUGAAUCGCCAGUUAAGCCGAACUCAAAGUACACAAUCCGAGUCUGGCCGGGACGAAUGGAAAAUUAAACAGCUGAUAAUGGAUAGAAAAGAAGUUGUGUACAAUUUGAGUUUUCAAUUGGAAUUAAUUAGUAACAAAGUGGCCGAAGUCGAAGGUAGAGUAGACGUGGAAGUAAUGCACGAACUCCAAGAUCAACUAUACCGCCUUACCGAAGAACUGAAUCAAACCACUGACUAUCGAAAUCAGUUGGAUAAACAGCUUAAGACGACUGACAGUGAAACCCGACGUCUCGUAAGGGAGUUAGAGAAAUACGCCAUUGAAUUAUCCACGCUACAAGAAAGCAGACAGCACCUCACUAUCCGCAACGAAGGAGGCAUCAAACAGAUUAAAACGUUAAAAGAACAAAACCAUCGUCACCACAUGGAAGAGCUAAUGCUCAAGUUCAAAAUUGCUCAAAUAAAAAAGUCAAUGGAUCACGAAUGCGAAAAAAUGCACUCGUUGGCCAGACAACGAGAAGAGUUGACAGCGGAUGUCAACAAUAGGAAAGCCGAGGUGUCGGCCAUUUUCGAUCGACUAAACGGCGAGAAAAAGAUUUUGCUGGAGGAAAAGUCAGCGACUAAGAGUCGCCUGGACGCGGUCACCCUACAGAUAGAUCAGAGGCAAAAAAAGUAUCAUAUCUUAUUGGCGACAAUGGGCACAGACGGCGCUACGUUUACUGUCGGCGAGUACAGGAUCAGAAUGUCUCAAGAAAAAUUGGAGCUUCAAGAGUUAGGCGAUCAACUAGACGGUCGCGUUCAAAAGCUCGAGGAAGAAAUAAGGGCUAUGGAAAAUACACUGCAAGUGCUAAAAGCCACUAAUAAUUGUUACAAGGCCAGUCUGUCGUCUGAUUUGGAAAUAAAAUGUCAGUUAGCCAAUGAUCAGCUGAUGGUCGUGGUGGCGACUCGAGGUCAAAAGGUAACAGAAGUGGAAAGACUACUAAAGGAAGUCGAAGGGCAAAAAGUAAAACUAGACCGCGUUGACGGACUGAUCCGGUGCGGGUUGAAAAAUUUAGAAAAAAAAUGUGUCGAUCCCGACAAGCGCAAAACUUUGGAACUCUUUAAAAAAGACGUUCAACUAAGGCAGUUGAAGAAAGUAAAUAAAUCGGCUUUGGAACUAUUAGCCGAAAUGUCGGUGCGAAAUGGACUUGAACUGACGGUCAAACAUUACUUGGCCGAUAAAGACUUAACACUGCCCACUGUAUCCAGUCAUCUAUCGUUCCCCUCUUCUCUGAAAGUCAAAUCCAGUUGCGGCUCUAGCAUAAUGUCGUUUGCCAGCAGCACGUCGAGCAUCCAAUCGGACGACGAUCAGAAGAAGAAAUGCUCGGUAGUUAACUUAAGUGGUGCAGGCGACGAAGAUUUAUUAAGCGCUCGAUCCCUGAAUUCCGUUAAAGCGUUUUUGCCCCCAGACGUUUCGUUUGCCAAGCAGAAAACACACAGUUAUACUACAGUAAAGAGUGAUAAAGACGUAACCUCACCAUGGGAGUGA